CGGCGGAAAGCGCCCGCGCGUUAAAUUCCUGCGCGGGGCGCGCCUUGGUGGGAUGUGUGUAAUUAUGUCAUGCUCUAAUGAAUUAAUAAUUUUCCAUAGAUUGCCAGCCAGAUUUGCAACCAGUCAUCCUGGUGGCGGCGAUUACUUCAGUUUCAACUCGCUGAAGACACAGAUUUCCUUCACUCACAAUACAGAACGACACCUCGGUGGCCGUCAUCAUGGCAACGCUUCUCCAGAAUGCACCGUCUGCAAUGCCGGGCUCUGCGGCCUCCUCACAUCCCUUCACCUGCAACACUUGUCAGGUGGCCUUCAGGUCGGGUGAUCUACAGCGUACACACAUGCAGUCAGACUGGCAUCGCUACAACUUGAAGCGUCGUGUAGCUUCUCUGCCACCUCUGACAUCAGAAGUCUUCGCCGAGAAGGUCCUCGCCAACAAGGCCACUGCUGCGGCCACUGCGGCUCGCGCCAAGUUCGAGCAAAGAUGUGAGGCAUGCGACAAAACAUAUUUCAGUGAGGGCGCCUACGUCAACCACCUGGGAAGCCAGAAACAUAAAUUGUUGGAGGCGAAAUACAACGCGAGGAAUGGAGGAUUGGACGGUAUGGAGACGGACAGCAUGGCAGAUUCCACGUUCACCCUCGGAGAGACACUGGACACUGCAAGCACACAGACUCGCGACGAGAGUGACGACGACCAAGAGCUGGGCGAUGUUGUCCAAAGCAUGAGCACCACGAACAUUGGCGCGUCUGCACCAACUGCUUCGCCUGCUGAAACUUCGAACGAUACCGGAUCUGCACAGCAGCGAGCGCCUGCAGGCGCUGAAGACGGCGAAGAGUAUGAGCACAAAGCCGACGUUCAGCAGUGCCUGUUCUGCAAUUACAUAUCGCCAACUAUGGAUCUCAAUGUUCACCACAUGUCCAAGCAGCACAGCUUUUUCAUUCCGGAACGGGACUACCUUGUCGAUUUACCUGGCCUCAUAACGUACUUGAACGAGACUGUUACCGUUCUACAUCAAUGUCUGUACUGCCACAAAUCAGUGCAUACAUCAAGUGGAGUGCAGACACACAUGCGUGACAGAGGUCAUUGCAUGAUCGCAUACAGCACCGAAGACGAGCAAAUGGAUGUGGGCGAGUUUUACGAUUUCAGAUCGACAUAUUCCGACGAGGACACUGAAGAUGAUGAAGAAGGUCCCAGCGGCGGAGUAAGCCUAGGAGCCAAACGACCAGUCAAGACUACGGUGAAGAAUGCAAAGGGCGAAGAUGUCGACAUGGAGGAUGACGAAGGAUGGGAGAGUGAUGGGUCCUUGUCGUCGGUACCCACUGAUGAAAUUACAUCUGUGCCCAUCGAUCAAGCACACAACUACGCCAAGCUCGAUUUGCAUCGUCAUCACUCGCACAACGACCCUCGCCCGCACAAGAGCAGCGAUGGCUUCCACUCUCAUGCACACUCCACCGCCCACGCCGUCUACCACGACGAUUUCGAGCUUCAUCUACCAUCGGGACGUACCGCUGGACACCGCAGCCUGCGAGCGUAUUUCCGACAAAACCUGCGGAAUUAUCCCUCGGCAGAAGAACGCGCACAGAAAGCCCUCGAAGACAGCCGACAUGACUCAGACGCGGAUGAUUCAGAUGCCGAUGCUGCAACAGAGCGAGGCGAUGAUGACCGACGAGGCCGCCAAAUCGUCAGCCGUGCAGAGGGUGGCUUGGGCAUGGUGGGUGUCAGUGAAGCAAAGAAGCGCGAGGUGAAGGCGGUGGAGAAGCGGGCUCGCAAGCAGGAGCAGCGUGAUCAAGCACGUUACCAAUGGGGCAAUGAUAAGAGAGGUAAUGCUCAAAAGCAUUACCGCGAUCCUCUUCUGCAGUAGUUGGAUGUGGGUGUUGCGUCUUCGAUUUCGUGGAGUUACGGUAGCGUAGCAUGUUUGUCACAUGGAGGUCAACUUGGAUUCUAUUUUACAAUCAGAAGCGAAUGUGAAUACGGUAUGAUGAUCGUAGUCAAGGCCGAAGCCUCUGUGAGGAGCAGUGAUGCCAACGCCGGAGUCCAAAGCUGCGGGAUCCCCACUUCCCGAACUGACGAUCGACUUUCGGCAUCGUCACACGGGAUUUGAGAUUUGGGCAGCGUUGCUUCGUGACGAACGUCCAGCGUCUGCCAAUGACGGGCAACGACGAACCUCGGCGGGUCUGGCGCAGCGGACGGCGGAAAGUCGGCAUGGCGGCCCGAAGCAUGAUGAUGGCAGACAAAACGAACGAGGCGUGGGAGAAAACGUCUGCAGACGUGCAGGAGCAG